AUGCCAGCAGUAUCUAACAUUAGCAGUUUGAAGCACUCAAACACUUCAUCACCUUAUCAUUUGUCUCAAUCCUCUUCUCAACCACCACCAUCUUCUCCACCACUGUCGGAUCUGAAUGGUCGGUGCUUUGGCAAGUUUAAAGUGCUCAAGUAUUCCUUCACUCAUGACAAACGGCCAACACCUGAGGGUCUUUCGGCUCAACCUGUUGAUCCAUUUGAAUGGAGCCACCGCAUAGACACUGGGAUGAUGCUGCGAAUUUACCGUGUAGAUCCAGAAGUUGGUUUACCUUCUGGGCACUUACCUACCGUCAAAAUUGUCAUUACUAAAGGCUACAGCCGUAACCCUACAAUCAUGGAAAAUGUUUCUCUCCCACUUCUUUAUUCAGUAUUUUCACAUAUUUUAAAUGCCGGAAAUAAUGUUUUUGCCUGUAUUGCGCGAGACCCUGUAAUGGGGUUUCGAUAUCUGGUAGAGCAAAAUUCUGAGUUAAUGACAUUUAGAUUUCAAGUCCGUUUAGAAGAUUCUUCACAAUAUUAUCGAGCUAUAAAUUUACUUCAAAAAUUAAAUUGUCCUUUGACAAUGUUACAGUCAAAAAAGUCUUCGGAACCCUCGUCAGAGCCUUCUGCUGAGGUCCCUACCAAACCCUCAAGCAUAAAUGCUUUAACAAAAUUCCAACAGCAAACACCGUUAACCAGCAAUCCUAGGUCUACCACUGACAAAAUAUCUCCAAAUGUAGGUGUCUUUGAAUCUGUUCCACCUCGCCCACGGUGUGCUACUUUUAAUGACGCACUUUUUUAUCAAACUCAAACACCAACUUACGAUUCAAUUUUACCUCAGUCUGGUUUGAUUACUCCGCACUCACAAUCAGGUCCCCUACCUCAGGUUACCCCACAAUUGCAGGAUUCAUUAGACGAACCAAAAGCGCCACCAUCUUCCGUGGUUAGUGUUUUGGCGCAAGAUGUUGGAUAUGGAAGUCAAAAAUACAGUCAGCCUACAACUGUGACAGAAGCUAGUGUCUCUUUGGAAGAUUCGCAAUUGCACCAAGUGAUGGUAAGAGGGUCUUCAUCAGAUUCUCCAGGGCUUUCUAAUGUUUUAGGAGAGGAACCUUCAACAACACAACAGCUGCAGACUGCUCAACGAAAUCAGAUUGUAAUUGGAGGAUCUAUUUAUUCUCUUGUACCAGUUCAAGAGUCAAAUCAAACUACCAAUUCUAAUUUAACUCCAGGUCUUAACAAUGUUCCGGCUUCUAUUGUUUCUACGGCACCUAGUUUAGUUCCAGCUGUUGAACCAGUAUUUGUCACCUCUGUACCUUCAGCCCCUGCUCCUCAUUCACUUUCAAUCUCUGAUCGAACGUCGUCUUCUGUUUCUAAUUCUUUUUCAGCUCAAGCUUCAGCCGUGGUUGCACCUCUUUCGACCGUCCAAUCACCUGCACAGAUUAAGACAGCAGCUUCUCCACAGUCAUCGCAUUCGUCUAGUGCUCAAAAUAGUAUCACUGUACGUGAUGACUCGGCAUACCCGUUAUCUCAGACCCCUCCUAUCUCCUCUUUGAUUCACUCAGUUCUUUCCAGCCGUACUGAGCUUGUACAAAGACCCAGCCUACAAAUACAACAACGCAUUCGCCAAAUUAUUAAUGAGCCGGAUUUUUGGCGCCUUGUUCAUGAUAUUGAAAAGCAAUGGCAUAUCUUAACUAAGGGUAUUUGA